UGACAAAAUCAGAAAAAUGGCUGAACCUACAGAAUAUAAUAACAGUGAAAACACACUUUCUUCCACUGACUUUCCCUUUAAUUUCACCAUUGAAUAUGAGGAUUUUCAGUCAGAGUCCAAUGCUAGCAAGAUCAUCAUCCCUUCUAUCUAUGCCCUAGUCUGCUGUGUGGGCAUAAUUGGAAAUGCUAUGGUUAUAUACGUCAUCUUGAAGUAUGCCAAAAUGAAAACAGCAACUAAUAUUUACAUUUUGAAUCUUGCAAUUGCUGAUGAACUCUUCAUGUUGAGUGUUCCGUUUCUGGCCACCUCGGCUGCGGUGCGUCAUUGGCCCUUCGGAUCGAUGAUGUGUCGGCUGGUCCUUAGCGUAGACGGCAUCAACAUGUUCACCAGCAUUUUUUGCUUGACUGUUCUUAGCGUGGACCGUUAUAUUGCAGUGGUGCACCCCAUCAAGGCAGCACGUUACCGCAGACCAACUGUUGCCAAAGUGGUUAAUGUCUGCGUAUGGGGACUAUCACUUCUCGUCAUCUUGCCCAUCAUUAUCUUUGCAGACACCGUUCCAGCGCAGGAUGGAAGAGAAGACUGCAACUUUCUGUGGCCUGAGUCUUCAUGGUCAGAAGCAUUUGUGGUGUAUAUCUUUUUGCUGGGCUUCUUGCUUCCUGUGGGAGCCAUCUGCCUGUGCUACUGCUUGAUUGUGGUGCGUAUGCGAGCAGUAGGGCUCAAGGCAGGAUGGCUACAGCGGCGGCGCUCUGAGAAGAAGAUCACUGGCAUGGUGCUACUGGUAGUUGCUGUCUUUGUGCUUUGCUGGAUGCCCUUUUACAUAGUGCAGCUCGUGAGUGUGUUCUGCCAGCCGCCAGACCCCAUGAGAAUUGUCUGCUUCCGCUGGAUGGAGAAUGGGCCGGAUGCAGAGCCGGUGGAUUACUAUGCCGUGGCCCUACGGCGCCAAACAACAUGUGGUCCACAGGACUUCCCUAAAGAGUGCUGCUUAGCCUCUGAUAUGGUGUUUCGCAAUGGGACAUGUACCUCUCGUACCACUACCCUGUAAACUUUCCUCAGACU